CAGGUACAUUUUUUUCCCUCACAUGACACCACAGGGAAGGCCCAGUAUAAAUAGCAGCCCCGGCUCCCCGGCAGGCAGGGACCAGCAGCUCUGCUCCUCCAGAAAUCAGCACCAUGAAGCUUCUCACGGGCCUGGUUUUCUUUUCCUUGGUCCUGGGAGUCAGAGGCUGGUUUUCAUUCCUCGGCGAGGCUGCUGGAGGGGCUUUGGACGUAAUGAAAGCCUACUUUCACAUGAUAGAAGCCAAUUACGAAAAUUCAGGCAAAUACUUCCACGCUCGGGGGAACUAUGAUGCCGCACAGAGGGGGCCUGGGGGUGUCUGGGUUGCAAAAUUGAUCAGUGGUGUCAGAGAGAGUGUCCAGAAACUGACAUGCGAUGGAGCAGAGAGCUCAACGGACCUAAAGGCUGCCAACGAAUGGGGCCGGAGAGGCAAACCCCCCCAUCACUUCAGACCCGAAGGCCUGCCUGAGAAGUACUGAACCUCCUCUUCUCUCUGCUCUUAGAGUUUGUGGCUCCCAAGCACGUGGGUCACAUCUACUGGGUCAUUUUGCCCCUCCCCUCAGAGCUAGUUUUACUUGUGUCAGUUCCCCUGCUGGACUGCCGGCCCCUCUAACAUAACUAACAUUUGGACAGUAGUUUACGGGUCAUAAAAAUGCAAAAAUGCUUUCAUUUCUA